UGUUUCUAGGGAUGUAUUUUGGAGCCGUACCGUAUGAAAGCGUGACAUUUAACAGCGGUUUAUGUUGUUUUGUAGGACAUUUUAAUGCUUUAGUUGGGAAUACAUUUCGUAUAUAUCUACGGGUAUUGUAGUGUUAUGGUUGAUCUUUUACAAGCGGGCUGAUGUGUCACUGCAAUGUCGCUCCCCAAUGAUUCAUCCAAAACUCAGAUGACUGAGGAACAAGCUUGGAAGAUAAACAGAGAUUAAAUAUGCACGUUAGAGCCUGUCGGACAUUAAGAAGGAUGAUUUGGGGAAGGUAUUUAUUAACAGCUGGGCUGCAGGGCUGCAGAUGUACAGUGAGCUGUCAUGUACAAAGACACUUCGGGUUUCUUCCAGAUGAUGUCAAAUCACUGCGGGCUGUGGUCAACCCUGAUGUAUCCAAGAUCCGAAACAUCGGCAUUAUGGCCCACAUUGACGCAGGGAAGACGACAACCACAGAGAGGAUGCUGUAUUACUCCGGCUACACGAGAGCACUAGGAGAUGUGGAUGACGGGGAUACAGUCACAGAUUUUAUGGCUCAAGAGAGGGAGCGUGGCAUCACCAUACAGUCUGCAGCCGUCACGUUUGAUUGGAAAACUCAUAGAAUAAACCUCAUAGACACCCCAGGACAUGUUGACUUCACUCUUGAGGUGGAGCGAGCACUUCGUGUUCUUGACGGGGCUGUUGCCGUGUUUGAUGCUUCUGCUGGUGUUGAGGCUCAGACUCUGACCGUGUGGAGACAAGCACAGAAGCACCACGUUCCCUGUGUUUGUUUCCUCAAUAAGAUGGAUAAACCCGCAGCCAGUUUAAGUUUUUCCCUUGAGAGCAUAAGACAGAAGUUGAAAGCCAAUCCAGUCCUGCUGCAGAUUCCUGUCGGCAGUGGCAAAAGCUUCUCGGGUGUCGUCGACUUGUUAACCAACCAGAAAUUGGUGUGGAAGCAGCGAAGUGGAAUCAGAUCUAUGAGGGACGAGGACGACGGUCGAAUGUUCGAAAGCAAACCUCUCGACCAGUCGGACGAGCCAGAUCUGCUGCAGGAGGUCACUGAGGCCAGGGCGGCUUUAAUCGAGCAGGUUGCUGAUCUGGAUGAUGAGUUUGCUGAUUUGCUGCUGACUGAUUUUAGUGACAAUUUUAAUGAUGUUUCCUCAAUCAAACUACAGGAGGCGGUGCGGCGGGUCACUCUGGCCCGUAAAGGCGUCCCAGUACUAUGUGGGAGCUCCUUGAGAAACAAAGGAGUUCAGCCUCUUUUAGACGCCAUCACUGCCUACCUGCCUGCCCCCAAUGAACGGCACCACGACCUGGUGCGCUGGUACAACGACGACUUAUGUGCUCUGGCCUUCAAGGUUCUCCACGACAAGCAGCGCGGUCCUCUGGUGUUUCUGCGGAUUUACUCUGGGACUCUGAAACCACAGACGGCGGUCCACAACAUCAACAGGAACAGCACUGAGAGGAUUAGCAGGCUGAUGGUGCCGUUUGCUGAUCAGCAUGUAGAAAUCCCCUCGAUGACGGCGGGAAACAUCGCUCUGACUGUAGGACUGAAGCAGACGGUCACAGGGGACACCAUCGUUUCAUCGAAGGCUUCAGCAGCAGCCGCCGCCCGCCGAGCCCAAAGUGACGGCGGGGCUGGAAAGAAGCGCAGGGAACAUGCUGACGUGGUCCUUUCAGGGGUGGAGGUCCCUGAACCCGUCUUCUUCUGCACCAUAGAGCCGCCCACCAUGGCCAAACAGGCCGAUCUGGAGACUGCACUGACUAACCUCCAGAGAGAAGACCCGAGCCUUCAAGUCAGGGUCGAUGCAGACUCCGGUCAGACCAUUUUGUGUGGGAUGGGAGAGCUGCACAUCGAGAUCGUCCAUGAUCGGAUCAGAAGAGAGUACGGCAUCGAGACUUACCUCGGGCCGCUGCAGGUGGCUUACAGGGAGUCCAUUCUCCACGAGGUCUCUACGACAGAAACGCUGGACCGUACUGUUGGGGAGAGACGACAUGUUGUGACGGUGGCGCUGACCGUCGCACCGCUGGACACCCUCACUCCGGGGAGUUCAUGUGAAUUAGAGUUCACAGAGGAACUGGGGGGGCAGCUGUCAGCAGCAGUGAAGGAGGCAGUGGAGAACGGAGCACACAGCUCAUUUCUUCAAGGUCCACUGUUGGGUUAUCCUCUACAGGGGGUGUCUACACUGAUCCAGAGGGUCAACAUGGAACCAGGAACUUCUCCUGCCAUGGUGUCUGCCUGUGUGUCCCGCUGCAUGCACAAGGCCCUGAGGCUCGCAGGAGGUCAGGUUUUGGAGCCAGUGAUGUCUCUGGAGGUGACCGUUGGGGAGGACCGCCUCAGCUCUGUGCUCGGGGAUUUAGCCCAAAGACGAGGAACCGUGCAAGACAUCCAGAGUCGUCACGAUGACAAGGUGCUGGUCGCCACUGUGCCCCUGGCUGAGAUGAUGGGUUAUUCCACCAUCCUGCGGACGGUGACAUCCGGCAACGCCACCUUCACGCUGGAGCUGGACACCUAUGUGGCCAUGAACCCCCAGGACCAGAACUCCCUCCUGAAAAAAAUGUCUGGUCUGCUGUGAAACUGUUCAACAAUGUGAAACUGUUCAGCGAUGGACCACUAGUCUUCUGAAUCUGCGGCGCGGUCACAGGACUUACAGUAAACCCUCUGCAGGAAACUGUAUCAUGUUCUGAGCCGGAUGCAAAACAUUAUAUAUCCUUGUUUUGUGAACCAUAUGAAAUACAAGACUCACAUCAAAUGUCAA